AUGAGCGACUCCUCCGAUGACGACCAGCCCUUCAACCUACGCGAUUACGAUGACGAUGAUACCGACGAUGAUAGGCCCAACAAGCGAAGGAAAACUAUGAAAACGUUGCGCAGUCGUGGUCUGGGGUUCGUCAAAUCUACCGGUCAAGAGGAAGAUCAAGAAGACGAAGAGGACGAAGAAGAUGAAGAUGUCGACGAUGAGAGGCCCUCGAUGGGCUUGGGCCUGGGCUCGGGGAUGGGUGGUUUCCGCAAAUCUUUCAAUAUCGGCGAAUACAAUGAGGAGCUAGAAGAUACUGCUCCUGCACCAGACAUGUCGCCGCAACGGCAGGCAGAAAAGACCGCUGGCACAGGGCCAUCGGCAUUUGGUUCAGGUGGCAGGAUUCAGAAAAACUCCUUCGCCGCACGAAUGAUGGCCAAACAGGGCUACGUGGAGGGUCAAGGUCUGGGAAGGGCUGGACAAGGUAUAACGGCGCCCAUCCAGGCCAAGAUACUGCAGAGCCGGGCUGGGCUGGGUCAAGGAAGCGGCACACCCGAGCCUCCACGCAGGAAACCAGAAUCGGGACGAGACAAAAAGCCCUCGUCUAAAGGUUCGACGCCUGGAGCCAGCACGCCGCGAAUCAGAGCGCCUCCGAAGGCCAAAUAUGCGGUCACGGCGAUCGAGUCCAGAGGUCUCCAUAUUCCCGAGGCCAUGAAGCAGAUCAUCGUGGACGCCACAGGCUCUGAGACUAAGACUUUGACCUCUCUGUCCGGGUUUUCAACUCCCACGCGAGCCACCUCGCCUGACCCGGGUCUAGAAGCUGCCAAGGCAACUGCUCGUAUAAAGUUGCAAUUGCAGGCGUUUGCUGACGCUUGGGAUGCGACAAAGGAGCAAGAAACUCAUCUGGAACAUGAGGACACCCAACUUGGUGCCGCCUUAGCUUUGCACGAUGAAGAAAUUCAGCGUUUCAACGACAUUAUAACGGCAUUUGAGAGAGUCACCGUUGAUGAUUCGAACGAGGCGCGAGAUUGGGAGUCCUGCAUCGCUCGCCUCCAGGGCAUCCAAAUCCAGUUUGCAGGUUACAUCUCUGACCUGUCCCUACCGGAGCUGGCAGCAUCAUGCCUUGAAACGCCAUUCCGUCGGGAAAUGGCGGACUGGGAGCCGCUAUCACAUCCAGCACUCCUCGUCGAGUCGUUGCAAUCCAUCAGCCAACUCCUCGAGCUCGAAAAAUCGAUCACGUCAAGGCACCGCAAGCGGACGACGCACUUUGAAUCACUUCUUCUAUUACACUGGUACCCGCGAAUUCGCAGCGCAAUGGGAAGAGACUGGGAUGUCUACGAUCCAGAUCCGGCCUACAAACUCAUCACGGCGUGGUCACCGAUCCUGCCAGCCUGGCUUAUCUAUAAGACUAUCCACGAAACGAUUGUGCCCAAGCUAAUUGAAGCUGUCAAACGAUUUCCAAAGCCCAUAGAAACUGGCACCUCAACAGGCAGAUACGCCGGUGCUGGUGGGCGCAAAUCAAAACGAUCCGCGCCAGCCCUUCACACCUGGCUGUUUGAUUGGUGGACUCUGCUGUCAUCCGAUGACCUGGACUUGGAACGUUUUGCGGAAUUGAAGUCGCUGGUCAAGACUAAGGUCGACAGCGAUAGCUGGCCCAUGUGGAAACCACUCCUUGGAUCACGACGGGCGAAGCCCCUUCUGCCUCCGACCAGAGAUGUUCCGCCAGCUGGCGCUCCGAUCGCACCUGCGGCCGAUCUGGAAGAAAUCACAUUCAAGACGCUAGUGGAGGAUUGGGCCAGCGAGAACAAUCUGCUGCUGCACUCAUCGCACAAGUCCGACGCGUUUGGACGGCUACUAUAUCGUUUACAAGAUGCCGAAGGGCGCAGCCGGGGCCUCCUUGUGUAUUUGCAGGAUGACGUUGUGUUUAGCGAGGAUGGCGAGCCAUUCGCAUUGGAUGAGCGGUUGUUGUCACGGGCGGUAGGGCGAUCUUGA